AUGGACCAACACGCGACCACCGAGCACGAUCCCAUCCAGCUCUCGCUAGACGCAGUGACGCGUAGACUCCACCGCCCGGCUUUCCUGUCCAACCUGACGCCGUCGCGCCUGCCGUCGUGCGCAGCAUCAGAUUCCAGCGUGUCGCCCGGCGAGGCCCCAAACGCCCCACACCACGCCGAGGCACGGUCCCAUCACCGCGGCCAUUCUCAUCUGAACAUCGUCACGCUGGAUGGUGCUGUAGAAGAAGCCGACUUGGUGUGGCCGCUGCUACAAGAGCCCUCUGCUGACGGAAGUGCUUCCGCCAUUGACGCAAACGUGCAGCACCGCCUCCAGACUGCAUUUUGCGCUGCCAGAGACGCCUACUCCAACAUGGCAUCCGCCGGCUUUCAGACGUUUGCCCAUGGCCAUCAGGACCUGGUGCUCGCCGUCGAUUUCAACUAUUUUGGUACGCGCAUGGUGACCGCCGGCUCAGAUCACCGGCUCAAAGUCUGGGAUAAGAAAGAAGACUCCUGGUCGCUUGUGGAGAGCUGGAAGGCGCACGAUGCUGAGAUUGUCGAUGUCAAAUGGAAUGGCCCUUUCAUGGGUGAGGUAGUCGGCAGCAUUGGAGAAGACGGCCGCUGCAAGCUCUGGCAAGAGGAUGUAACCGAAGUACCCAUGUCGGGCAAUCGCUUCAAGCUCAUCACGAACCUCGCAUCACAGACUAACGCCCCUUUCAUGUCCUUGGAUUUCAAGAACAUCAUGCAAGAAACCUGGCUUGCACUCAUCACCCGGGAUGGUCUGCUUCUCGUCUACGAGCCCACUGACCAGAGCAAUCUCAAUGAAUGGGGCAUCAUAGCCGAGACCUGGGUGUGUGGAAACAAUCCUCCUGAGCGCCAAGAAGAGGUCGGCUUCAAGGUUGCUUUUCACAAGGAAAAGCUUCCCUGCUGGACGGCCAUAUUGGCAGGUUUGGAUCGCAAGUCCCUUGGCCUAGCCGUGGCGGCGAUGAAUAAGGUCCUCGUCUUCAGAACUGACAAAACCAAGCGUUUCUUCAAAGUCGCAGAGCUUGAAGGUGCGAGACAGAUCGUACGAGACGUGGCCUGGGCGAAUGGGUCCAUGAGGGGUUAUGAUGUCCUUGCAACCGCUAGUAAGGAUGGCGCUAUACGCAUCUAUGAGCUGUCCACGCCUCGUUCCGAUAAAGCCUCCACUACCGGGCCAUUGACUGCGACUGCCGUAGACACCUUUUCAUCCCCACAAAUGAGCAAGUCUCGGGCCCCUUCUGGAAUCGGAGCAGGUUUAGCUGGCGCAUCAAAAGGCUCAGAGCCAGCUCAGGACUACGAGCAGGGCCCUGGCCGUAUCACGCAGGCAGUGAAGCUUGUAGACGAACUCAACAGUCACCAAGGUGCCGUUUGGCGGGUUGCUUUCUCACAGAUGGGUGAUCUUCUUGUAUCAACGGGAGACGACGCUGCGAUCCGCACCUGGAAAAAAGCCGUCAACGGACAUUGGCUUGAGUACUCAGAGAUCGGAACGUCAGGCGACAUUUAA